AUGAGUUCUUCACGUAAAAAACGUUGUGCUUCUGAACUAUUUCUUGCCUCCUCUGGUUCUUCGUCGUCCACCAUUCCGAAGCGGACUAGACUUCGUGCUUUUUCUUCUUCUGAUUUCGUACGCCCCCUUCCAACCUACGAUGACUCUGGUGACUGUUCAUUUGUCUACCAAUUCUGUGGUGCUCUCUUUUGGCACGGUGAAAGAGUUAUUCGUAGUUCCAUUGUUAGUCGGCCAUGUUAUACCCAUUGUUGUAAGUCGAGUACUAUUGUUUUGCCUUCCCCUUUGACACCUCCUCCUGUGUUAAGAACCUUAUAUGACGUUCAUGCUUUUAGGCUCAACAUUAGGGCUUAUAAUAAUAUGUUUGCAAUGACGUCUUUUGGAGACACAGAAAAUGAGGCUUCCAACAGGCUGUACGCUUUCAAUAAGCCAUCAAAACCACCAUUAGAUGAGGAGUUGGACUCAUAUGUUGUCUGUCUUUUUAAUGAUGUUCUCGAUCAGCGAUAUGGGCCGCCCACACCUAGUACUCUCGGUUGCGUUGUUUUUGGUGAUGAUUUUGUAACAAACAAGUAUGAUGUUAUUUUAUAUGCACACUCUGGAAAUCCACAACGAAUUAGCAAGCUUCAUCCAAGUUAUAUGGCAUUGCAAUAUCCUUUGCUUUUCCCUUAUGGAGAGGGAGGGUGGUCUCCACACCUGAAAUUGGUAGCCGAACUAGGUAAUGAUGGUAGGAAGUUAACGGUAAAUAUGUACUAUAGUUAUAAAAUCCAUGCUCGUGAUGGUGUUUACUCCUUUAUACUUAAUGCAUCUGGAUUAUUUCAGGGAGAUGUCGACAGCCGGUCUAUUUGGAAGUGUGUAUUGUUACCUCCCUCUUUUGUAGGUGGUCCAUGUUAUAUGUACAACGACUAUCAGGAUGCAUUAUCCAUUUGUAGAGAGUACGGGAACCCGCAAUACUUUAUCACUUUUACGUGUAACGUUAACUGGCCUGAGAUCAGACGGUAUAUGAUACGUCAUAGCCAAAUGGAUGCACAUAGUAGAGUUGGCAUCAUUUCUCGUGUAUUCCAUAUAAAGUUCAAAGCACUUAUCAACUUCUUGAAAGAGGAUAAGAAAUUUGGCGCAGUGACAGCCCAUUUGCACACAAUUGAGUUUCAAAAUAGGGGUCUACCACACUAUCACACUCUUUUAUGGGUGUGUAACUUAGACAAAAUACGAGAAGCUGCUGACAUUGACAAAUUCAUCAGUGCUGAAAUACCAGACCCAGUCAGUGAACCGUUGUUAUACCAGACUAUUAAAACCUCUAUGAUUCAUGGACCAUGUGGUUUGUUAAAUAUAAAAUGUCCAUGUAUGAAAGAUGGAAAAUGUAGUAAACGGUAUCGAAAACCAUUUUCUGAUUCCACUGUCAUUGACAAACAGGGUUACGCACAUUGUAGAAGGAACACUUUAGCACGUCAUACGUUACAAAAUGCUAUUGAGAUAGAUAAUGGAUAUAUUGUCCCAUAUAAUAAACAUCUAUGUAAUCGUUUUAAUGCGCAUAUCAAUGUUGAAUAUUGUGGUUGGAACAUGAUGAUAAAGUACUUAUUCAAUAGUUUGCUUCUUGGAUGGUUUGAGAAUAACAAAUGGGAUAAAGGUGGGUUGGAUCUAACAUAUGGAGCUUGCCCUUCAAAGUAUGUGUGGAAUAAGCGAGUAAAAAGGUGGAAGUUAAGAGAACGGAUAACAUUACAUGCAAUAGGUCAAAUUGCAUUUGUACACCCAUCCGAUGGUGAGUUGUUUUACAUUCGAAUGUUACUUUUCCAUCAGAAAGUUUGUAAAUCCAAUGAAGAUGUUAGCACUGUUUAUAACAGACUCCAUCCUAAUUUCCGCAGCGCGUUCGACGCAUUGGAUCUGAUUGGAGAUGACAAGGAGUGGUUGCUUGCUUUUACACAGUUGGUCUUAUUAGAGGUAGAAAAAGUUCUUCGCUCAUGCACACCAUCAAAGUCAGUAACUGAGUUCAAUUUAUCGUUGCCAUCAGAUCACGUUGAAACAUUUUUCCAAAAUCGUUUGCGUUUGGAUGAAACAAGUUAUGAUAGAGAGGAGUUGUCCAACCAACACAUAAUAAUGGUGUCUCGCCUAAACAGUGAACAACUUAACAUUUACAACGUAUUUGUAUCUGCAAUCAAUGAUGGAAAUCAGGUCAUGUUCUUUAUAUACAGGCAUGGUGGAACUGGAAAAACAUUCCUUUGGACAACAUUGUUAUCCUAUUUUCGGUCGAUUGGAAAAAUUGCAUUGGCUGUUGCUGCUUCAGACCAUUCUUUAAGAGAUAUCCUUGAUUGUGACAGUAAGGUUUUUGGUGGGAUGUCGGAGCUAUUGGGUGGUGAUUUCCGUCAAACAUUACUUGUAUCUCCACAAAGCAAUAGAUGGCAGAAUGUUGCUUUAACUUUACCAAAGUUGUAUUUGUGGUCAUGCUUCACGAUGUACAAACUAAAGUAUAACAUAAGGCUACUCAACGAUGACAUUCCCUUUACUUUAGACUUCUCUGUAUCCACAUUCGCAUCUUGGUUAUUGAAAGUUGGAUAUGGAGAUUUAGGAUAUCCAGAUGUAAGUGACACAACGGAUGCAAGAUGA